AUGGAGUCGACGACAAUUCGGAUUGCCCUGGCCGUCUUCUUCGCGGCCGUCAUCCUGGUCUUCGUAGAAGGUGACGUCGGCUUCGGCUACCGACGCCGCGACAGGGCCAGCGUGUCCCGGUGCCCGAACCCGCGGCUCUACUUUCGCAAUGGUGUGGCCAAGCUCCGCUUCCGGGGCCGAGUGGCCAAGUACAUCUGCCUGCCCGGGUUCACGCUCUUCGGGGAGUCCGUGGCCACCUGCUACGCGGGACGCUGGGACCGCCCGGUCCCCAUCUGUGCGGCGCCCGGCUGUCGCAUACCCUCUCGGGAUCUGCUGUCACGUGGUACCGUGGAGAACUACCGCAACCGAGGCGUCAUGCUGCUCUUCCGGUGCCGAGCGGGCUACGCGCUCAAUGGAAGCAGCAAAGCCUUCUGCGACGGGAGAAGCUGGAACACGUCGCUACCCCGAUGCGUCCCGCUGGUGGCAAACCCCGAAUUGUCUUGCGACUUUGAAGAUCCCGAAUUGUGCGGCUGGACGGCAGACCUGAGCGGGAGCAACCAGUUCACACGGAGGCACCUUGCGGCCGAAGAAGGCGACGUCUCCAGCCACGGCCACUUCAUGACUGUUCAGUACAUCGGCCACCCGGGACUCGUCGAACACGCCUUUCCUGUCGCUCGGCUCACUUCGCCGGUUUUCCGGCCCCUGACUUUCAAGGCUUGCUUUCGCUUCUGGUACAAGCUGCCCUGCAGUCUCUGUAGUCUCCGUCUCUUGGUCUGGACAUCGGACACGCUGACUCCCGUCUGGAGCACCUACGGACCUCGAGAGUCGGCUGAGGUCAACGUAAGCAUCAGCGCUAUCUCCGAGGAUUUCCAGCUGGUAUUCGAGGCUCGCCCCAGUCGCAAGGAAAUCACUGGCCUCGUAAUCGAUGAUGUCCGCCUGGAACUUUCCGAGUGCUACGUUGCCAUGGCCACGGAGGACGUCCCGACGACCAUCGUUGCAGACUUCGGUCAGAACGAAACUUCUACGAAUAAAGAAGAGUUAGGUGAGAAAGUGGGGGUGAACCCCUCCAUUAACCCCUCUGCACUUGAAAGUGAACGGCGAUUUUGA